UGUGGAGACGUCUAGUGUAGAGGUCUAGUUUAGAGACAUCUAGUGUAGAGACAUCUAGUGUAGAAACAUCUAGUGUGCAGAGUUAUAGUGUAGAGGUUUAGUGUGGAGAGGUUCGUGAGUGGAGAGGGUCACCAGCAGCAUGCGUUUCACGGCGAGGGUGCGUGGUGAGUGGUUGGCCGUCCCGGGCCGCGCUUCGGACUCGGUCUACUCGCUGGGGCUGGAGGCGCUCAAGCGGCACGUGAAGAACAAGCCGGACCACGGCGGCCUGGGGGCCCUGGCAGAGGUUCGCUUCACCGUCAGGAGGUGCCAGGGCCUCGGACUCCUGGACCAAGACGACCUGCUGGAGGACGUGCUGCAGGACAACGACUUCGUGGAGCUGGUGCUGGAGGGGGAGGCCAUGUCGGACACGUUCUCUCGAUUGGAGGAUGAGAGGCUGCAGCCCUGGAACAUCACUUACAAGGAGCCAGAAGAGUUUCUGAGCUUGGAUGGCAACAGUUUGAGCACUCGGGAACUGCUGCGUCUCGGCAAAAGCCACUUCAAGAUCAAGCUCACGGAGGAGGCCCAGGUCAGGAUCAGGAAAUCGCGCGAGCUGCUGGAGACGAUCAUCCAGGAGAACAAAGUGGUUUACGGAAUCACGACGGGAUUUGGCAAGUUUGCCCGCACGGUCAUCCCAAGCAACAAGCUCAAGGAGCUGCAGGAAAACGUCAUCCGCUCCUCUGCUGCGGGAGUGGGGAAGCCCCUCCCGCCGGAGCGGACCCGCAUGCUGCUCGCACUGCGGAUCAACGUCCUGGCCAAGGGCUACAGCGGCAUCUCCCCAGAAUCCAUCAGCCGCUUGAUCAGCGCAUUCAACGCGUCGUGUCUGCCCUACGUGCCGGAGAAGGGCACGGUGGGGGCGAGCGGGGACCUGGCCCCCCUGGCGCACCUCGCGCUCGGCCUCAUGGGGGAGGGGAAGAUGUGGUCGCCCAGGAGCGGUUGGGCUGAUGCGAAAUACGUGCUGCGCACCCACGGACUGUCUCCAUUGUCGAUUCAACCAAAGGAGGGCCUGGCCCUCAUCAACGGGACCCAGAUGAUCACGGCGCUGGGGGCGGAGGCCGUGGAGCGGGCGGCCUCCAUCGCCCGGCAGGCGGACGUGAUCGCGGCGCUCACCCUGGAGGUGCUCAAGGGCACCACCAACGCGUUCGACAGCGACAUCCACGAGCUGCGUCCUCACCCGGGGCAGAAGGAGGUGGCUUUCCGCUUCCGCUCCCUGCUCGACUCGGACCACCACCCGUCCCAGAUCGCCGAGAGCCACAGGUUCUGUGACCGGGUCCAGGACGCGUACACGCUGCGCUGCUGCCCACAGGUGCAUGGCAUCGUGAAUGACACCAUCAGCUUUGUGCAGAAAGUCAUCCAGACGGAGAUGAACAGCGCGACCGACAAUCCCAUGGUGUUUUACGAGCGAGGUGAGACCAUCUCUGGGGGCAACUUCCACGGAGAAUACCCUGCGAAGGUGCUGGACUACUUGGCGAUCGGAGUGCACGAGUUGGCGGCCAUCAGCGAGCGGAGGAUCGAGCGGCUGUGCAACCCGUCCCUGAGCGAGCUGCCCGCGUUCCUCGUCAACGAAGGAGGCCUCAACUCGGGCUUCAUGGUCGCGCACUGCACCGCCGCCUCGCUCGUGUCGGAGAACAAGUGUCUGUGCCACCCUUCGUCCGUCGACUCCCUCUCCACCAGCGCGGCCACCGAGGACCACGUGUCCAUGGGCGGCUGGGCCGCGCGCAAGGCCCUGCGCGUCAUCGAGCACGUGGAGCAGGUGUUGGCCAUCGAGCUGCUGGCCGCGUGCCAGGGCAUCGAGUUCCUGCGGCCUCUGCGCACGACCACCCCGCUGGAGAAAGUCUACGACCUGGUCCGCAGCAGCGUCAGGCCCUGGAUAAAGGACCGCUUCAUGGCUCCGGACAUAGAGGCCGUGCACCGGAUGCUCGUGGAGGAGAAGGUGUGGCAGGUGGCCGAGCCGUACAUCAACUGCUACCGGCUCAAGGACCUGCCCGAGUCGAGGCCGGAUUCGCCGACGGCGUGCUCGCUCAGCUCGCCCUCUUUGCGCGCGCCGUGUGCCAGCAUAAUUUAAACUCGAGAUCAAGACGAAGGCGUCAUCCUGGCCAAAGUCAUCAAUGACAUCACUGUAUACCCUCUGCCGGCUGCUGCACAGUAGACUCAAAACCUCCAAAAACCACCCGAACAAUAUCUGCUGUUCGAGGCACUAGACUUAUUCAGAGAGCCACAGCCUCGCAGAAACCCAGAAUCCUCCGCCUUAGCAGAAUCCGUAUGUAACCAUCUGGUCUUAGACCUUACCCUCGUCGCCGGACUCCUGAAGACCCUUCCAAUACCCGUUUUGGUAGUCGGCCCUCCCCUAUCCUGCACACAUCCCACCCAGAGCGGUCGUUUUUGCCAAGUUCUCUUCUGGACUUCUCCCGUCUCGCCACUUAAUUCCCACCAUCCGUUUCAAACAUCUGAGCUCAUAUGCCCGCUGCUUAGGGUCCAGGGGCCGGAGUGCUGAACCGCUUAACACAAUUCUACGUAGGCCAUGAAUUUGUCCCAUUUUCCGAUUCACGCGAGAACGCGAGGGAGGUCUGGACCGGCCUGAAAUCCGCCUCCCAAAAUGAAUUUCAUACCCCAUGAAACAAUACCUAGCCGGCUAAAGUAAUUCUAACUGGAGUAAUAAUGCCCGUGUUGAUCCAGAAAAGCCUCACCGAGUCUCAAGACUUUUUUUUCAGGAAGGUCUUGCUACAUUGGGAUCUUUGGCCAAACCCUAUUCACGAGUGUUUGGCUUCAUGUAGGAGUAAAUCAGAGUCUCCUGGAGAAAACCCACGCAUGCAAGCAGCUGACACAGCUCCAUACACCGAUUAAAUGCAUAAUAAUAUAGAUGAUAUUGGUCGUGAAAGCCUAAGUGUUAAACCGAUUAAAUGCAUUGUUGUACUGUACUACCUGGGGCCCUCGAUGCAUCAGCCUACAACACCUGGUAUUCCAAGACAGUCUCCCAUACAUACAUUUACUAGCCAGGCUCAACUUUGCUUAGCUUAGAAUAGCUGAUGAGACUACAUGUACACCGGUACACACCACUCGCAGAACAGACACGGCCACUCACCCUCUCCUCUCACAGCGCACAUCAGCACACAUGCUCCGCUUCCACAGAUAUAUGAUUUUUGAGAACACAGUAUAUUAUGUGAGAUUAUUUUUGAUUGAAGCACGAACGUGUGUAUGCUAAUUUUCAAGCUGAUUGACGUCCAAUAAAG